AAAACUUUUCACCGUUUGGUUCGGAGUGCGCUUCGCGAGCAGCAAGAUAUAUAACAAACGGGCCAACAAAAUAAAUCGCCUGUCGGCUGUCGUUUCUGUUUAUUCUCGUUUUUUGUUUUCACUGUGUGUUCGAUUACACACUCUCCUUUUGGAUUUUUUCGCAACGCGCGCGCCAAACUGUAAAAGGAAGCAUAAUAUCAAAAACAUAAAUAUUAUUGUAUUUUCUCGUCACUCAGUCAAAACCAAAAUAACUGUUAAAUGUUAACUGUAAACUCAAGAAAUGGUGAAGUAAAUGCAAGCCAAGGCAAAGAGCCUACCAAAUACAACGGAACCUCUUCAAAACAAAUGCAAAUCUAGAAAGAAAAAAGCAAACUGAAUUAAAAAAAAAUCCAAACAAACACAUUACAAACCCCAUUACAUUGUAACGUGUAACGUUCAGUAUCAGUGUUAGUGUCCGUGUUCGUAUCCGUGUGUGUGUGCGUGCGCUCUGUUUGGCUCAGGAUCGAAGCUCCUAUCCAACAGCCCCACCGCCCCGCAGCCCCCGAAACGGCCUACUCAUGAAAUGCAAAAGCUGGUCCAAUAAAAUCAACAAUUUUGUUGUGCGAAAACUAAAGUCCAUUAAGAUUAACGGUACACAGCAGUUACAAUCGCCAAGCAGCGCCGCGAGCAUUGCAGCCGCCGCCGCCGUUGUCGUCUCUGCCUCGAGCAGCAGCAGCAGCAACGUUGCUGCCAACAGCAUCGAGCAGCAGCAGCAGCAG